UGCAGCCGCCCCCGCCCGCCCCGGUGCUCCUGUACGACCAGGGCGGGGGCCGGCGCCGGCGCGGCGACGCCGAGGCCGAGGCCGAGGAGUGGGAGGCCGAGUCGGUGCUGGGCACCCUCCUCCAGAAGCUGCGGGAGGAAGGCUACCUGGCCUACUACCUCCAGGGUGGCUUCAGCAGGUUCCAAGCCGAGUGCCCUCACCUGUGUGAGAGCAGCCUCGAUGGCCGUGCGGGCUCCAGCGUGGCCCCAGUGCCCAGCCCAGUGCCCGUGGUGGGGCUGGGUGGCCUGUGCCUGGGCUCCGACUGCUCCGACGCGGAAUCCGAGGCUGACCGCGACUCCAUGAGCUGUGGCCUGGAUUCGGAGGGUGCCACGCCCCCGCCCGUGGGGCUGCUGCCAUCCUUCCCUGUCCAGAUCCUGCCCAAUCUGUACCUGGGCAGCGCCCGGGAUUCGGCCAACUUGGAGAGCCUGGCCAAGCUGGGCAUCCGCUACAUCCUCAACGUCACCCCCAACCUCCCUAACCUCUUCGAGAAGAAUGGCGACUUUCACUACAAGCAGAUCCCCAUCUCCGACCACUGGAGCCAGAACCUGUCCCAGUUCUUUCCGGAGGCCAUUGCGUUUAUUGAUGAGGCCUUGUCCCAGAACUGCGGGGUGCUCGUCCACUGCCUGGCGGGGGUCAGCCGCUCUGUCACGGUCACCGUGGCCUACCUCAUGCAGAAGCUCCACCUCUCGCUCAAUGACGCCUACGAUCUGGUGAAGAGGAAGAAGUCUAACAUCUCCCCCAACUUCAACUUCAUGGGGCAGCUGCUGGACUUUGAGCGCAGCCUGCGGCUGGAGGAGCAGCGCUCGCAGGGGCGGAGCAGCGGGGGGCAGUCAUCCGCCCCCUCCGACCCGCCCUCUUUCUUCACCACCCCCACCAGCGACGGGGCCUUCGAGCUGGACCCCACAUAAGGCCCAGGCCUCGGGCUGGCCCCCGCCCCCCCAGGGUGUUCCCGACCACCCAUGUGCAGGGGAGGGCAGGGCGGUGGGGGCUCAGCCGCAAGCAGGGGGCUGGGGAGGGAGAGCGCAAUACCUCACGCGGGCUG